AUGCCUCGCGGUGGUGCUCAUAUCACGAAAGUCCACUACAAGGGCAACACUGAUGACUUUAUCGUCUUCGUCGAGUCCCCCGCCGAUGUCGAGAACUGGAAGAAGGAUUCCAGCAUCCCUCUCGCCCAGGUCGUGAACUCAUUCAAGAUCAUGGUCACACAUAAGCACGGUGCUCAAGGCCAGAUGGACGGCGCUUCCAACGCUGCUCUCGACAACGAGUUCGGUACACACAACGAGGAUGAGGUCAUCAAGCAGAUUCUUACCAAGGGCUCAAUCCAGGCAGGCGAGGAAUCCGAGCGUGGCGGCGACCGAAACAUUACUCAGGGUGGCACUGUUGGCCAUGCCACUGGCAACCGCUAG